AAAACUAGCUGCAAAAAAAAAAAAAUUUGGCAAAUGGGCACCAAAAACACAACUUUUCUUUCACUCCAAUUGCUCUUGUUUUUCUUAACAAUUCCAUCAUCAGAAUCUGCAACUGAUACUUUAACUCAGUCCCAACCAAUCUCAGUAGGACAAACCCUCAUCUCCGCCGGCGAAAUCUUCGAGUUAGGAUUCUUCUGUCCCCAAAAUUCCAGUGGCCGAUAUAUUGGCAUAUGGUAUAAAAACUUACCCGGCAGCAAGGUUGUGUGGGUUGCUAACCGGAACAACCCUCUUCGAGCCACCGACACUGCCUCGAGUCUCACAAUUGGCAUUGAUGGAAACCUUAGACUAGUAGAUGGACAGAGAAACACAGUCUGGUCUACAAAUGUUUCUGUCCAAUCAAACAACACAAUUGCAGUCCUCUCGGACAAGGGAGAGCUUGUUAUCAGAGACUAUGUCUCGGGUUGGAUCUCAUGGGAAAGCUUUAAGUACCCGAGCGACACGUUCUUGUCCGGGAUGAUGAUAGGAAUGAACUACAAAACGGGUGAAAAGCAGUUCCUGACUUCGUGGAAGGCUGACGACGACCCAUCCCCAGGAAAGUACAUGCUCGGGCUGACGCCCGAGACACCAGCACAGGCUUUCCUGUGGAACGGGUCUGAGCCUUUAUGGAGAAGCGGACCAUGGGACGGGUCCAAAUUUAUUGGGAUACCAAACCCGGUGCAGGGCUAUGUGAAUGGACUCAAUCUCAUACAGGAUAACCAACAGGGAAAUGUGUAUCUGAGCUUGAAUGUUUACAACACCUCUUAUAUCACAAUUGUAUUCAUUACACCUACAGGGAUUUUAAAAUCACUGGUUUGGGAUCAAGUGAAAAGGGACUGGUAUGUCAGUUGGAAGGCACUGGAGAACCCGUGCACGGUCUACGGAGUUUGUGGUGAUUACUCAAUUUGCGACAAGAACCGGUCUCCGAUUUGCAGUUGCUUGAGAGGGUUCGUGCCGAGCUCGGAUGAGGAUUGGAGGAGAGGGAACUGGAGUGGUGGGUGUGUGAGGAAAACUGAGCUCGAAUGUCGAAAAAACUUGACAGAGGGAGGGGGUAAAAAUGAUGGGUACUGGAAGGUGAGUGGGCUGAAAUUGCCUGAUCGAUUUCAGUAUUUGUACAGUGACGAUUUCUCGAGCUGCCAACAAUGGUGCUCGAAAAACUGUUCUUGCGAGGCCUAUGCGUUUGUGACUACAAUUGGGUGUAUGGUUUGGGCAGGAAGGCUCACUGAUGUUCAACAGUUCACUGCGGUAGAUGGGUAUGACCUUUUCCUGCGGCUUCCAUAUUCAGAGCUGGGUGCAGAUCGUAAGAAAAUUAGAAAAAAUAUCAUCAUCAGCUCUUCGAUAAUUUCUGGGGUUCUUGUUUUGGGUGGCUUCAUAUUUGGUUUCAUCAGGUGGAGGAGAGCCAACCGAAGAGUAAUUAGAAGAAAGAGGACAAAAAGCUUCCAUUUUGGUAACAAAAUGGACUCUUCACGGGACACCUCAGAAGAUAAUAUAUGGGUGAACAAUUCUACACAUCCAGAUUCAUCAGAGCUUCCAAUGAUCGACUUUGAUAAAAUUCUAGUUGCUACCAACAGCUUCUGCAGAACAAAUAAGCUCGGAGAAGGAGGAUUUGGCCCGGUGUACAGGGGAAAGCUAGAGGAUGGACAAGUAGUAGCGGUGAAAAGACUUUCGAGUCAUUCAGGACAAGGCGCAGAAGAGUUUAAGAAUGAGAUCUUAUUGAUCUCCAAACUGCAGCAUAGGAAUCUUGUUCGGCUCUUGGGUUGCUGCAUUGAAGGGGAAGAGAAUUUACUGGUUUAUGAGUACAUGACAAACAAAAGUUUGGACAUGUUUCUCUUCGAUUCGAAGAAAAGGGUGCAACUUGAUUGGCCUAAACGCUUCCACAUUAUUCAAGGUAUUGCUAGAGGGCUUCUUUAUCUUCAUCGGGAUUCUUGUUUAAGGGUUAUUCACCGAGAUCUGAAGGCGAGCAACAUUCUUUUGGAUAAUGAUAUGAAUCCAAAAAUUUCAGACUUUGGGUUGGCACGAACUUUUCAAGUCACGCAAGAGCUUGCAAACACUCGCAGGGUGAUGGGAACAUUUGGGUACAUGUCUCCUGAGUAUGCAAUGAGAGGACUAUUUUCAGAAAAAUCUGACGUCUUUAGCUUUGGGGUUUUGCUUCUAGAGAUUGUCUGUGGCACGAGAAAUACUAGUUUACACUAUCAUGAAAAUUAUCUGAAUCUCCUUGGUUAUGCAUGGCAAUUGUGGAGUGAAAAUCGGGCAAUAGAGUUGAUGGAUGAAACAUUGGCGGACUCAUGUUCUCCUUCAGAAGUAGUAAAAUGUAUACAUAUUGGCCUUCUUUGUGUUCAGGACAAUGUUAUAGUUAGGCCAACCAUGUCAGCUAUACUUCUCAUGCUGAGUAGUGAAAUGGAACUUCCACAACCAAAACUGCCUGCAUUUACUAUUCAAGGUUUGUCGGACUCUGAGCUUCAAUCACAAUCCAACAAUAUAUGCUCCACGAAUAACGACUCAAUAUCAAUUAUUGAAGGGCGAUGACCAAUUUCCAAAUUACACUUUGUGUAAGAUGGUUCAGAGCAAGAAUUUGUCUGCCUUGGUGAUUAAUGAGCAAAAAUAUAGCAAACUUUUUUAUGGUGAAGAGAAGAUCAUGCGAAAGAAACCAUUAUGUGUAGGGAGUUUUGGAUUCAUAUGAACAGUUCAAUGACCUGUUCACACCUAAUGAGAUUUUAGGUAUUAUAAAAACGGAGUGGCUUCUUUCAUGUUGGGGCUAAAACUGAACCAAACAGUCCAAUCAAUUCCAAGCAAUUGUUUGUUUUGCCAAAAUUGUGUACAAUGACUUUAAUCAAGAAUGGUUUGUACAUAUUAUGUUAACAAUGUAUAUUUUUUGGUCGCAAUUGCAACAUUAUAGGACUUGCAUUUUAAAUAAAAA